AGGGUGCGAAGGGGGCGUGGCCAGCUCGAUCGCCCCGCCCCUCUGCGGGGCGUGCUGGGAGCGGAAGCGGCGGCCGCGUUGGAGCCGGGCGGGUGGCAUGGCGGCAGCCGGGAAGAGGAGCCUGGCGGAGCUGAGCCUGGAUGAGUUCCUCGCUGCCGGUUCCGAGUCGGAGCCUGACGGUGCCUGGGAGGAGGAGGAGGAGAAAGAGAAGGAAGCCAGGCCCGGCAAAGGGGCUGCGGCGGAGCGGCGGCUGAAUGGGAAGGCGAGGCCGGCGCGGGAGGCCCGGCCGGCUCCGAGGAAGAAGGGAAAAGCAUCUGAACACAAAGACCAGCUCUCCCGGCUGAAGGACAGAGAUCCUGAAUUUUAUAAGUUCUUGGAGGAAAAUGAUCACACCUUGCUGAAUUUUGAUGCCUCGGACAGCUCGGAUGAGGAGGAGGAGAGGGUGCAUGUACCACCUGAUAAACUGGAGGUAGCGAGUGAUGAAGAAGAUGAAGGUGAUGAACAACAGGCAAAAGUCAAAAGGAAAAGAGCUUCUUUUAUCUCUGUGAGCUUGAAAAUGGUUGAAGACUGGAAAAGAGCUGCAGAGAGAAACCUAACACCAAAACUAUUCCAUGCGAUCACUCAAGCCUUUAAAGCAGCUGUAGCAACCACCAAGGGAGAUGAAGGUGGGGAUGAUCCCAGCAAGUUUCAAGUCACUGAUGCUGCAGUGUUCAAUGCCCUUGUGUCCUUCUGUAUCCGGGACCUCUUCCAUUACCUGCAGAAGCUGCUUUUUCCAAAACCCCCAAAGAAUAAGCACAAACUGAUCCUCCCUUCCACCAGCCCACUUUGGAGCAAGCUGCGACUGGAUGUAAAAGUGUACCUUGGCUGUAGCAUACAACUCCUCUCUUGUUUAACAGAAGCCUCAGUUGGUGCAGCAGUCCUUCAGCAUGUCAAUUCCAUAGUGCCUUACUUUUUGUCCUUUCCAAAGCAGUGCCGUGCCCUUCUCAAGCAAGCAAUUAGUUUGUGGAGCACAGGGGAGGAAACAGUGAGAGUCCUGGCCUUCCUUGUGCUCAACAAGAUCUGCCGCUACAAGAAAGAGCUCUACCUGAGUCCCUUGCUCAAGCAAAUGUACAUUGCCUUUGUGAAGAAUUCCAGAUUCACCUCUCCCAAUGUCCUGCCCAUGAUCAACUUCAUGCAGCGCACACUGACAGAGAUGUAUGCCCUGGACACACACACCUCUUACCAGCAUGCCUUCAUCUAUAUCCGUCAGCUCGCCAUUCACCUGCGCAGUGCAAUGACCAUAAAGAAGAAGGAGAACUUCCAGUCUGUGUAUAACUGGCAGUAUAUCCACUGCCUGUACUUCUGGUGCCGGGUUCUCAGCACGAUCUACCCCAGUGAGGUCAUGGAGCCAUUGAUCUAUCCUUUGACACAGGUCAUCAUUGGCUGCAUAAAGCUGGUACCAACGUCUCGGUUCUACCCCUUGCGCAUGCACUGCGUCCGUGCGCUUACGCUGUUGUCUGAGAACACCAGGACCUUCAUCCCAGUGUUGCCGUUUAUCCUGGAGGUUUUCCAGCAAGUGGAUUUCAACAAGAAGCCAGGACGUAUUAGUGCUAAGCCUAUAAACUUCGCAGUGAUCUUGAAGCUUUCCAAUGCCAACCUGCAGGAGAAGGCCUAUCGAGAUGGACUCAUUGACCAGCUCUAUGACGUGAUGCUUGAGUAUCUUCAUUGCCAAGCCUACAGCAUUGGAUUCCCAGAGUUGGUUCUCCCUACUAUCAUUCAGCUAAAAUCCUUCCUGAAGGAAUGCAAGAUUGCCAACUACUGCAAGCCUAUCCGACAGCUCCUGGAGAAACUGCAGGAAAACUCUGCCUACAUCUCCAGCAGGCGUCAGAAAGCUGCCUUUGGCGUGGCCAGCAAGGAGGCUGUGGAACAAUGGGAGAAGCAAGUCAAAGAGGAGGGGACACCUCUGACCAAGUAUUACACUCAGUGGAAGAAACUGAGAGAGAAGGAGAUACAACUGGAGAUCAGUGGCAAAGAAAGGCUUGAAGACUUGAACUUCCCAGAAAUCAAACGUAAGAAGCAAAACGAAAGCAAGGAGGAAGAUAAGAAGGAAUUCAAGGACCUCUUUGAGCUGGACAGUGACUCUGAUGAGGAGAAUGCUGGAUUCCCUAUAAAAGGGAAAGGCAAAGCCAAGCAGGCCUCAGACGACAGUUCAGAAGAGGGCAGCGAGGAGUAUGGCGAGGAUGAUGAUGAAGAAGAAGGAAGGUAUGAGAUCGAGGAGGACGAGGAGGAACUGGAAGACGACAGUGGCUCAGAUGCAGAGGAAGGCCGGGAAGGCGCCCGCGUUCCGCAGGGAUCCCAGCCGAGGAGCCGCACGGGAGGGAUGUCCCGAGCCGACCUCGAGCUGCUGGCGCAGGGAGACGAGGACGUUGUGGAGGACUUGGCCUUCUCCGACGACGACUGAGCCCCCUCCGAGGUGCUGGUACCACAGCACCCAUCCUGCGCACCCGCAGCCGGGUCCUGGAGCCAUGGUAAGAGCUGGGAGGGCAGCCCUGGGUGCCACCAAGGACUCGGCAGUGACGCAGCAGAGGCGCUGCUUGGACUUUAAAGCUGUUUUCCACCUGUCCUGGUUUUGGUAACAGUGGAAUCGUGCUCGCAUCCAGGCCAGUGAAACUGCUCAGCACCGGUAAUAAACAGCCCUCAUGAAAAGCUGCUGCUUUCAGUAGCACAGGGCUCAGUUUCAGCUCCUGGAGCAGGAGCCAAGGGGAAGUGCAAGUUCUUUUGUCUGAGGGUCUUUAGCUAGAGGGGGAGUGCAGAGAUGGGAGGUGGUGCACGCAGAAGAGGGAGGAAGAGGCAAAACACCAUAGGAACCACGCUUUCAUUUUCUGAUGGGUGUUGGACUUGCUUAGCACAACCAAGCACCAAAUCUGAGCCCGUGCUUAGUACCAGACCUGCUGUUAGUGACCUAAAACUGCCUUCUGGAGCCAGUUCCAGCUGCUGCUGAACACGUUUGUUGUGGUCCAGCCAUCAGCAGUGACUGACUGCAGGUGCCUUGGGCAUCAAAUCACUGCAUCACCUGGGAAGCUUCUAGAUGCAGCUCAUGCUGUGUCUUCCUGUUGGAGUGUGGUGCUUGUGGGAGGCCAUUGUGUAGCUCAAGGUGGGUAAAGGCAACAAAACCAGCUUCUCUGUAGAGACCACUGUUAGCUUACAGCUGUUCUACACCGAGGGCUGCUCCUCUCCUGCUUCCAGACAUCAUUACUGCACAGCUAGCACUGCUGCAGUGCAGUGGGGUGGGCUGUUUGCUUCACUUAGUGUUGUUUGGAGCUUAGCAGCAGGAAUAGGGCUGGAGAGGGGUGCUUUUCCCAAGUGCAGUUACAGGAAUCAGUAGCCAUGCACCCAGAUGCCCUCAGUCCUUUAAAUGGGAGGAAGUAACCUCAGAAAUGGGUAAGUUGUGUUUUAUUAUGCUCAUCAUCAUUAUUGUCAUUGUUAUUAUCAUUUAUAGCCCACUUUGAGAGGAACAAAGCAUCUGCUGCUUCAUUAGCAGCUCUGGAGUGCUCAAGCCUGAAGUUCCCUAUGGCUGGUAAAGCCUCUGUCACCAGGGAGCUGACUGCAAAGAUGAGGCCCUAAUGAUAGGAAAAUGGUUUGUAACUUACCUUUUAGUCCCAGAGAGAAAGCAGUUCUUGUUCCUCCUCCCUCUGACUUAGUGGCAAGCUGAAGAACCAACCCUCAGGCUGGCUUUUAGGCCACAAAUGCUGCAGCCCCAACCCACAGAGAGGUACCACCAGCAGCAGGGUACCACGCAGUGAAAGAGAGCAGCUUCUCGGGUAAAGAACCACAUCCAAGGGGCUCGGGUACCGGUUGGAAAUGAAGUGUUUCUCCUUUUUUAUUUAAACUGAUUGCUGGGCAGCGUUUGUACGGUGAUGUGAUGGGCAAUGGCUGGUUGGUUUUUACAAUAGAAAGAAGCUAAUGUACCACCAAGCGAAGUUUGGUAACAAAAGGACGGCAGCACGUGCAACCUUGAAACAGAAAAGGGCAGGGGGAGCAGAGAGGAAAGUACCACGUGUGGUUGUUGUUCACAACUGUACAAGUCACAGGAGGGCACCCCCAGGAGUUACCAUCGCAUUCACAGUAGUAAAAACUCUUUCUUACCCAUUGGUUUUAGCCUGAACCACCCCCCCCCCCCCCCAGCAUCCCUCCCCUGCUCUGGGAACGCACAGGUACCUGUCUCAUGGUCCACAGCAGGCCAGAAUGUGCAACUGCAUCCACCUCUGUAACAAGGCUUGAAACGAGAACCAAAACAACCCCAGAACAAAAGAAACCCCCACCCCAAUGGAGAAAUGAGUCUGUUGGACACGUGAGGGAGGCCGGGGGGCCCCUGCAGCCCACCAGAGCACAUCGCUGGCUCUUCUCUUUACAAAGCAUCGAAUGGGCAAAACCAAGCGGCUCUGCAGGGCUGGAGCAUGGGCAGAGCCUGUUCUGUGCGUGCCAGGAGGGGGGGGCAGCCCCCGGGCUGUGCCGUACCAUCCGCUCCGAAGUAAACAUGGACCCGAACUUGCCUUUUA